GUUUAUGUCUUUGCAAAAACAAACAUUUAUUUCCAAUUCAGAUACCGCGUUUGUAAAAUCAGAACAACAGCAAUUCUAUUAAAUAAGAUGGCAGAGUCUAAAAGAUGUAAAGAUCUUGACAAAACGUCUGAACCUGAACAGAACAUCAAAUUGACCGAAUAUUUCCGUCGUCUUCUUAAAAGAGAGAUCAAUUUUCGUCUUACUAAGGAAGAAUUGUGUGACAUAAUUUGCAGUGUCGACUUUGUAGUUGAAACAUUAGUGGCUACUAUUUCGUCAAAGGUUGGAUGGCUCCAGUUUUCACGAGUUGUUAAAGUAGGAAGUAUGGCUGAAGGGACAAGUGUUGGUCGUCCGAAUGAAUUUGAUUAUCUAGCAGUUCUGAAAAUUGAAGCAGGUAGUGUUCAAGUGGAACGCACUUGUGCAAAAAGAAGAGGUUACGCGCACGUUAAAAUUGCUGAUCCGAAUUUGAAAACGAUUUGGGGAAAGUGGAUGAACGGUCAAUACUUGACCAGCGACUUUACCCGUGGACAAUCAGACUUUUUAAGUGGCUAUUUUGACAGCUUAGGUAAUGCGUUUAAAGAUGAGAUAUACCAUGCCAUGAAUAACGCACAUAGUAAUCUUGUGUAUAGAACUAAAAUCGGGAAAAUCGAACCAGAAUCGUCUUUAAACCUCGAUAUUAAAAGGCACGGUCCAGCGUUUACACCAAAAUUUGUUUGGAAAUCGAAGAAUAGUGAUGAGAAGAUUACUAUUGAAGUUGAUAUCACACUUGCAAUAGAAGUAGAACUUACACCUGACAUUAUUUCCGAAACAGAUACUUUUGAUCCACUUUUCUUCAGGAAGGUUAAAGAGCAUGGAAAAGUCAUGUUGAUUUCUUGUCGUGAUAAUGCAUCUUGUGAUGCAAAGCUAUGCAUGUGUUUGGUAUUUACCGAAAUCGAAGUUGAGUUGGUGAGGAAUAUGGGACAGCACCAUAAAGAAUGUUACAAACUUUUGAAAUAUAUUUUCAAUGAUGGUCGUGGCUACACAUUCCUCCCUUCAUAUGUUCUGAAGACGCUUGUCCUUAAACAUAACUGUCAUUGUGAAGAGGAAGAGAAUCUAGCAGUUUGUUUCAAAACGUUAGUAGCCUCAUGUUUACACUAUCUGUUUAACCGAAAAACGGAAGAAAAGAUUGAACCAAGCAGAUUUGCAAGAGCUUUAAUGCUAGGAAAAAGAUUUUCCCUGAAUAUCCCAAGCAUCUUUUUUAAAGAGCAUAACAUCCUAUACAGCAAAAAUUACAAGUUUCCUUGCGAACAGUUUUUGCAGGAAAUCGAAAUUAUGUUAGAGUCGAUCGAAAAAAUCAGCUAUAGGGAAGAGGACAAUGACGACGACGAAAGUCUUGAUAUAGUUACUAGCAUAUUUACUGGUGUUGAGGCUUACUUAUCAACAUUUCCAUUUUUCAGAAAGGAAAAAGAAUUAACAUUUAUAAAAUGCUAUGAAUGCUACGGGAACUACUUCAAUGAAAAUAUAUUAUAAAGAUAUAGUUGUGAUUAGUAUGCAUACUCAUUUCCAGUUACAUAAAAAUUGAUGCGCUGAUUCAAUGUGGAGUAUUUAAUAAACACACGUUUAAGUUGGGAUAUGAUUUCUGAAAAAUGUAAGAUGAUAUUUAAAAAAUGAAAUGUAUUUUUUUAUGAAAAUGUCACGACAAUCAAAACAUAUGGAAUAAUGUAUUCUUUUCAGAGUGCUAUAGAAAAUGUCUUUUGUUUUCCUUUUUAAUUUUAAUACCCAUAAUGCCUCAACAAUUGUUUUAUUUUUAUUUCUCUUAAGCUUUUUUAUUUUGACGUUCUAUAAUAAUACCAAAAUGUUACUCAUUGGCCAAAUACUUGAACCAUGUUUUUAAUCGGUGGCGCUUUGGCAGUAAGUUUUUUCAUCGGUUGAAAUUUGGCAAAAAGUCCCGUCAUACAUGUAGUGAAUUCGUUUUUCGUACGGAAGUAGUAAAAAUAUUAACAUUCCCUGAAACCGAUAUUUAAACAUAAAUGAUUAUAAGAUUGAUGUUUGCCCUUUCGUGAGAAGGAAACCUUUAUAUAUUUCUGAGGCAUAUAUAAUGUACAGUUAAGAGCCGUUUUUCUAGUUUUUGUAAACUCUUUUUUUAUUAACCUUGUUAUCUGUAUAAAUUCUACAAGCUGUGAAGGGAUGCAUUUUUAAUCAGUUAAUGACAAAUGUUCGGGGUGCAGAUUUCAAGGCUUCUUCAUACUCGAUCCAUGUAUAACAUGACAAUAUGAGCUAUAAGUAAUAACUUAUUUAUAUAAUGAACUAUAGAGGCAAAAAUGGGCAUAAGUUGCAUUUUCCAUACGAAGGAAAGAUAAUUGUGUUCCAUAUGCUUAAUAUCAAUCAACCAUAACAUGUUACCAAUACAUAUUUGUCAUAAAUUCAUUAUCAUACACAUUUCUGUAUUUAAUCAGUGGUGUAAAAAACGUUGAAUAUAUCCCACACUUUUAUAACAAGGCAUGUAUUAUAACUUUAAUACUAUAAGAAUCUUACACCGGCUGCCGGUACAGACCGGAAUAUCUAGCUCGAGGGUAACUGUUUACAGCGGUAACGAGGCUCUGCCGAGUUUCCGCUAAACAGUUACCCGAGAGCUAGAUAUUCCCGUCUGUACCAACUGCCGGUGUUUGAUUCUUUUUCUUGCAUAUUACAUGUCAAUUAUUUUCGGAACAGAAAUUAUGAAAACUGAUAUUCUCAUUACGCACUUUUUUCUUAUAGUAGCGUAUGAACAUACAACUUCAUUCAUAACGGAAAAAUGACGUCAUCCUAAGAACGCGAU